UUUCCCAACAAUGCAAUGGAGUUUGAGGUUCUGGCUGGCAACAGCAAUGACAGAAGUCUCGAUUGUUUUGAUAUCAACCCCACAUCUGGCUACAUUUUUGCCAAAAGAAGUCUCAUUGAUGAUCCAUGUAAUGCUACUAACACAUUCCAGUUCCAAACCCGAGCUAAAGACAUGGGGACUCCAUCAAGGGCAAGUGCACCGGCUCCUGUUACAAUCUACAUCAUUAGAAACUCCUAUGGACCCAGAUGGGCCCAACCAGUCUAUAUAUACAACAUCACUGUCAAUCAACAAACCAACAGUAUCAUUGGCAGGAUCAACGCAACAGAUGCAGACCCCUUGGUUCCAUUUGGCACACUCACUUUUUCCUUGAUUGGCGGAGGCAAUGGCAACAGUUACUUCACUAUCAACAAGGUCUCAAACAAUGAUGUUGACGUCAUUCUCAGCCAAUCAUUGGCUAGCACCAUGACAUCUGAGUAUCGGUUCUUUGUACUGGUACAAGACAGUGGGCUGCCUCGCAGGCAGGAUGUCACUGAGAUCAUAGUCCGUGUCAACUUCAACCUCAACCCACCCUACUUCAUACAGCUGACCUACGACUUCCAGACCUAUGAAAGUGUGCCAAUCGGGGAGCAGAUAGGAACUAAUCUACUUGGAGCAGACAAUGAUACAACAGCACCUUGGAACCAGUAUUACUUCCGUCUCACAUCCAGUAACAGUUACUUCACUAUCAGCCCCAGUGGUCAGGUGUCUGCAUACAGAGAUCUCAGAAGUGAUGUAACCAGACCAAAUACCACAACACUGACAGCUCAGAUCUAUGAUGGUGGCAACCCUUCACUUGUUGGAAGCCAGCAGGCAACUAUCAUCAUCACAAUUAUCCACAACUUCUACUGCCCAGAGUUCACCAAUCUGCCAGCUAACGUCAGCAUCUUCUUGAAUGGCACUGGUACCAUUUUUGUGGUCAGUGCUACAGAUCGAGACACUGAUCCCCGCUACAACAACACAGUCAUCACCCUUAUCGAUGGCACAGGAGUUAGUUCCUACUUCAGCUUCAGCCAAGCCACAGGAGCCGUCACUGCCCUCCCAUCUAUAGCAAACAGCAAUACUAACCUGUUUCUGCUGAGGUUCCAGGUCACUGAUAACUACUGCCCAACACCAAGACAGGGAACUUUAACUGUGAACUUGCAACGCUACCAAAAUCCACCUCGAUGGACCCAAAGCCAGCCGGGGUCUCAGCUGACAUAUCAGAUUGCUCCUGGAUCAUCAAGCCAGAAUCUGUUCAUCAUUGAUACAAAUGGUCAGCUCUACCUACGAAAGACACUGGUAGGCCAGACUGGAGAUCCAUACACUGUUGUAGUCACUUUACGUGAUGAAGGUGGACUGACAAGUGGAACAUUCACACUGACCGUCAAUGUCAUUCACAACCAAAAACCAACUAUCAUCAUUAACCCGGCAAACAUUAAUAUAGAUCGCACACAGGCCACCAACAUAGAGAUUGCCAGGUGUACCAGUACUGAUCCAGACACAGUGGACCCAUUCAAUCGAGUCACCUAUUCUCUCAUUGGAGACGGCUCGGCGGCCAGUCUGUUUGCUGUCAACCCUCAGAAUUGUGUGGUCACUCUGGUCAGCUCCCUCAACUCAGUCCCUGGAACACCUUACACUCUCCGAAUUCAAGUUCAAGAUGGAGGCAUCCCAAGUCUUAUUGAUGUAAAAACUAUAACAGUCAAUAUUAAUGGAAAUCUGGUCAGCCCAGUAUUCCAGCAACUACGAUAUAACAUCACAAUCAUUGAAACGAAACCAGUUGGUGAAACUUUGCUUCAAGUGAAAGCAGAUGAUGCAGACACAUAUGCUCCAAACAAUAUGGUCACCUACUCCAUAGUGCCCGGUACAUACAGCCAGCUGUUUGGCAUCAACCAACAAACAGGAGAUGUUUACUGCACGGCAUGGCAAGCUUACUACCCAAACAGACAGAUAACUUCUUUCACUUUUGAAGUCAGUGCAGUAGAUAAUGGUGUACCACCCAGACAGGCAACACCUUCCGCACAAGUCAUAGUUACAGUGAUCAGGAACACAGCACCAUAUUUCACAAACACCAACACUUAUCAGGUUGCCAUUGCCGAAAACCAGACAGAAAGCACAACGAUUUUUACUGUCACCUUUGCAGACAAUGACCAAGUAUCUCCUUUUAACAACUUAACUGUGAGCAUCCAAGGAGAUGGAAGUGCCCCUUCAUUCUUUGGAAUCAAUCAGAAUGGUGGUAUUUUUGUGAAACCAGGUUCCAAUUUGGCCGGAGCAAGUGACAGUCAGUUCAUGAUCCGUGUGCAAGUAGUUGAUGGAGGAACCCCUCCCCUCUCCGCUGUAACCUUUGUGAAUGUGACAAACAACCGCAACCAGCACACCCCAGUGAUAUCUGGCAUUGUUGUCAGUAUACCCUACAACAGUGACAGAGGCCGUCUUAUAACUACUCUCAAUGGCACCGAUGGAGACAAUCCAAAUAGACCAGAGGGACAAAUACGUUUCAGCAUUCUGAGUGGAGCAGUAGUGAAUUCCAUUAACUACUUUUAUGUGGACCCAAUAUCAGGUUUGAUGACACUAAGAGACAACACCAACCUGAGGAAUAUCGUCAGAUUUGAUGUAACAGUCCAGGCUGCAGAUCUGGGAAAUCCAUCUCGAUCAGCAACUGCCCUGGUAGUUGUGCUUGUUCAACAAGACAAUGCCACCUUAACAGUGACAAACUACAACUUCACCAUUAAUGAGGAUGAAGCAGUCAGUUACUUCGUUGGCCGUGUUGUUGCAACACCUUCUACUGGUGUAACUUACCAAGCCCUUGGCUAUCCUCCUGGCUCCAAUUUCUUUGCAGCAGCAUCAAAUGGAGACAUUACAGUGAAAGUCAGCGUUGCCAAUGAUGAUCUGACAACCUACACGCUGGUAGUUAGAGCCACCCUGGACACAGGCUUGUCUGUACAGACUGCAGAUUCCAUAGUCACCGUUACAGUCAUCCGCAACCUGCAUGCUCCAGCCUUUAAUAGCACUGACUACGUGACUACAAUCUGGGACACCACAGAGAUUGGUUCACUUGUCCUGUCUGUCUUUGCAACAGAUGCAGAUAAUGACACUGUUGAGUAUUCAUUUGUUCCAAACUCUGGAAACUACAGUGCAUUUUUCUUGCAUCCUCGUACUGGAGCCAUAACGCUGAUAUCUUCAAUUGUUGGCACAACUGUCAACCCAUACAGAUUCAAAGUUCAGGCUAGAGACAAUGCGAAACCAGAGAAAUUUAGUAUAUCAGACACGACUAUAAACAUCGUGAAAGACACCUCACCCCCAGAGUUCAGUGCUGCUUUGUACUCUGCAACAGUUGCUGAAAACCAACCAAAUGGAACAGUUGUGACAAGAGUCACAGCUCAGGACCGAGAUCUCAAGGGCCGACUGGUUUUUGAAAUAAUAGGUAUCAGCACUGCUCCAGCGUUCUUCACACUGGGCACUAUCACCCCAGGAUCUAACAAAGAUGCCACAGCUGAGAUAGUCAUUCUGGACAGCAACUCUCUCAGGAGAGAUGCAGCAACCUAUGUCUACAAUCUACGCUUGAUAACCUAUGACUCAGCAUACCCCAACAGCCAAGAUAGCUCCAUGGUGACCAUAACCAUGACCAGAGAUCUGAAUGCACCAAUGUUUUAUGCUCUCAACUAUGAGACAAUCAUCUAUGAUACUACACCUGUUGGCACUGUUAUUUUCAGCAAUAUUAGUGGCUUUGAUGCAGAUGGAGAUCCUCUAAGAUAUUCAAUUGUGGGAGAUGCCCAUCAACGGAACCCACCUCGUUUUGCCAGUGCUACAGCAACUGUGAACAUCAUCUCUAAAACUGUUCCCCCUCGCUUCACAAACUUGGCAAACAGCUUCAGUAUGGCUGUCAACAGUACAGCCCCAUACAAUAAUUUCUUCACCAUUCGGGCAAUUGAUGAUAAUCUGAAUGGAAACUUGACAUACUCACUGGUACAAGGCUAUGGGAACUUCUUUUCACUAACAACUAGUGGAACCGGUAACAAUGUUGUUGGCCAGGUCAACUUAGACCGAUCACUCUUGAUGGAUGCUCUGCGCUCUGAAGCCUAUGUUCUGACGUUCCGAGUAUGGGACUCUGUAUUCCCCAAUGCCUUUGAUGAGAAAACUUUGACAGUGACCACUUCUCGAAAUCCCAGUGCACCUCAAUGUCAGGUAGCGAACAUUAGCUUGUCACUUGAUGUCAGUUCCAGAAUCAAUGAUGUUCUCACUACAGUUUCUGCCACUGAUGCUGAUGGGGACAGACUUCUGUACACCUUUGAUCCCACCAAUACUGACCCUGUAGAUCGUAACUACUUCUAUUUGGAUCCAACCAAUGGACAGAUCAGACUGAUUCAGCCACUGAACACUGCAACAACCAAUAUUUACACUUUCACAGUAAUAGUCAGUGACCAAGGUGUCCCAACACCCAAGACAUGCUCAACCAUGAUUCGGUUUACAGUGACCACAGACCUGGCUCCAUAUUUCUCUCCUGCCACCUACACCUGGUCAGCAGUCCCGGAGAAUGCCUUUGAGCUGCAGUCGACAUUCACAGUGUAUGGUCGUGAUGAUGAUCGACAGGGGAACCUACAGUACAGAGUCAUUGGCCUGUAUUCUGGAGCAGAGUAUUUCAGUAUCAGGAGAACCAAUAGCCAGCCUGAUAGUACUGGCACUCUGUUUGUCAACAAAACUCUGGUCAUUGAUGAUGAUGUGACAUACACAGUAAUUGCCAUUGUUUACGAUGAUGCCAGACCACAGUUGAGUGGUACAGCUACAAUAACUGUGAGCAUUAUACGAAAUCCAACUGGUCCAGUCAUUGGCCUCAGAGAGUACAAUGCUACUUUUAACGAACGUGAACCUGUUGGCUUCAACCCGCUUAAUGUGUCUGCUGCAGAUCCAGAUGGAGACAACGUGACCUGCUCUUUUCUGAGAACAAAUGUGGAUACGAAGGCUCUGGAGUACUUUGACAUCAUCCCAACCAAUUUCAGAAUUAUUGUCAUCAAAAGUUUGACAUCAGACCCAGCCAGACAGAUCACACCAUUUCUGACAGUAAUAUGUCGCGACAACCGACAGCCACAGAAAACUGACAUGGCAACAGUGAGACUUUAUGUAACACGCAAUCGCUUCUCUCCUCGGUUUGUCAACACACCUUACAAUGUGCCAGCCAUUUCAGAGAACCAGCCAGUUAACUCUGCCAUCUAUUCUACAGUCAGUGCUGUUGACCAAGAUGCUACCGGCCCACUUGUGUAUGUGGAGAUAACCAACACAACAGCUGCUUACUACUUCAACAUCGAUAGCUCGACGGCAGUAGUUUACCUGGCCAACAGUCUUUUAGGCGGCACUUCAACAACAUAUCAGCUGUAUGUGAGGGCUUAUGACCCAGCCUAUGUUGAUGACUAUGCUGAAGAGGUGAUAUUCUUCACUGUGAAUCGUAAUGAAUAUGCCCCAGUGUUUAACCAGUCAGCUUAUGUGAUCACCAUCAACGAGACAGAUGCUGUUGGGACAAACAUUCUCACAGUGGUGGCUACAGACAACAACACCAGGGACAUUGUGACUUAUUAUGCUACCGGGGAGCAAGAUACACUGACCCUGUUUCAGAUCUUCAGCUCGGGUGAGAUACUGAUAAAGCAGAGUCUGUUAGGAGUUCCCAAGGACACAUAUACGAUGAAUGUCAUAGGCCAGGACAAUGGUACACCAAGAAGAUCCACUCCAGUGACUGUAACUAUCAACAUCCGGCGUCACACAGGCAGGCCAAUACUUGGUCCUGACCAAUGCCAGGACACAAUUAGUGAGAACAGAAAUCUUGGUCCUAUCAAUGUACGGAUUACCGCCAGCGACCCCAAUGCACUGGGCCCACUGGUAUUCGAAGAGAUAGGGGAAUACCCAGCUCCAACUUUUUUCAGUGUGAACAAUAGUGGUGUGAUCUUCCUGACCGAGAACCUGCGCAACAUUUCUGUCAGGGAUACUAGUGUCAUUUAUGCAGUGAGAGUAUACGACUCCCUUAGACCUGACCGCUCCAGCGAGAUUAGGUGCACAAUUACAAUCCUUCACAACCAAAACCCACCCAGGUUCACCCUGCCAGAAUACACCGUCACCAUAAGGGACACACAUCCUGUCCUUCAAUAUGUCUUCAAUGCGACGGCAAUAGACCCAGACAUACAGGAUGUUGUGACCUAUUCUAUUGUUGGAGAGAAUAUACAGCGUGACCUCAACACUGGUGUGUCAGACUAUUUCUUCAUUGAUACUACAAAUGGCACCCUUUAUUUAAGAAAAGCUGUCACAGGAAUUAGACAGUUUGUGCUGAGAAUUCGAGCAUGUGACAAUGGCUACCCACAGCUCUGCACUGAAGCUAAUGGGGUUGUCAUUGUUGAUUCAAGCGGUGUGGCACCAUAUAUGAUCGACCGCCAAGCACAGAUCAAUGAUAAUGCUAAACCUGGUGACUUUGUGCUGCAACUAUUAGCUACUGAUGCAGACAUGGCUCCCACGAGCUUCAUUGUAUAUGAGUUUGUGAACCCACCUCCUGCAUACUUUGCCUUAGAUGCACAAACGGGCAAUAUCACAGUGGCCAACUCAGUUUUCUAUGACAAUGCAACUUUAUACGUGUUUAAGGUCCAAGCGUAUGAUCAGGCUGAUUCCAUCAGAAAGGCAACAGCAACUGUCACCAUCAAUGUAGUGAGGAACCCGUUUGGGCCAGUGUGUCAGAUGAGUGUUACCAGAUACAACGUUACAGAAUAUCAACCAGUUCCAUCAAUUAUAUCUUCAGUCAUAGCAACAGACCCAGACCAGGAUCCUGUGUCAUACACACUGAUCAGCACCAUACCAGCUCCAGCGAAUGCCAGCAAUCCCGUCUUCUAUGUGGACUCUCGUACUGGCAACAUCUGGCUGUUCCAUUCACUGGAAGGCACACAGGUUACCUUUUACAAUCUAACCAUUCGAGUGUCAGAUAAUCGUGGAGCCAGUGAAAAGAGAGACAACUGUGUGAUGUUGUUCACUGUUGACCUGGACCUGCCUCCCAGGUUUGUCCAUCCUUCAGCAGAUCGCACAGUCAGUGAGUUUGCCCCUGCUGGCCCGGUCUCAGCGGUGCAGGCAGUUGAUGAUGAUUUGGAGGGUCAGAUUGUCUACCAGUUGACUGGAGUGUACCCAAGUCCAAGUUUCUUCUCUGUCAAUAGCUCAACUGGACAGAUCAGCCUAAUUUCUUCUUUGGUCACCGACCCACUAAACAUGUCUACAUACACUCUGACAAUCAUAGCCUUUGACUCUGCCCACCCAAGGCGAACAGCAGCUACUACUGUCAUUUUUACAAUUCCUCGAAAUCCUUCUGCUCCCUAUUUCCUGCAAAGUGCCUAUAAUGUAACCAUUCCUGAGACAACACCCCUUGGUACAGUGAUCCUUGCUCUCAAUGCAACUGAUGCAGACAAUGAUACACUAACCUACAGUAUUACAAGCUCAGUGUCAUCAAAUGGCAUAAACUUCUUCUUUAUGGAUGGAAAUCUUCUCAAGACCAGAGACAACCUGAUAGUUGCAGCCGACACUUACAUGUUAACUGUGACUGUUAGAGACACCAGAGGUAAGACAGGCAACGCCAUGGUUACUAUCUACAUCACACAAGUAGAUUCUGAUAAACCACCUCAGUUCACCAUGUCCACAUACACUAUCACCAUCACUAGCUACCAGGCUGUGGGCUCAGACGUGCUGCCGACCAAAGCCAAUGAUCCAGACAUUCCUAACAAUCCUGAACGCAUAAAAUACACUCUGACAGCUCCGAGCAAUUUCAGUUUCUUCAGCAUUAACCGGGAUACGGGCAUGAUCUCAGUCAACAGGUCCCUGCAAACUGAUCAAACUCGUGCUCCAUAUUACACAAUGGAACUGUAUGCUUUUGAUGAGCAGAAUCCUGACAAGGUUGCUACUGCCUUUGCUGUCAUUUAUGUGGAUCACAACCCUGGAACACCAAUCUUGACAGCUUCACAGUACUCAAAAACCGUCAGCGAGUACUUCCCCUUGGGUGUCAGUGUUAUAGGAGUUUCGGCUACUGACUCUGAUAAUAACACAGUGAGAUUUUACAUCCGACCUGACAGUGCUGGCAUCAUAGCUUCAGAGUUCUUCUCGAUCAGUUCCAAUGAUGGAAUCAUCCGAGUGAUUAAGUCACUGACUAAUGCCACCAUGGAUCAGUAUCAGUUUUAUGUUGUUGCCUACGAUGAUGGAGCUCCCAGCAAGUCUGCCACAGCACCUGUUAUCAUCACAAUUACCCGAGACAGGUCUGCACCUUCUUGUGCUGCUAGCACCCCUGUGUCAGUUCCAGAAAAUGCUGCGGACAACAGCACAGUUUCUCUGUUUAAAUUUGUUGCCACCGAUCCUGAUAAUUCUGGCAAUCCCAUUAUCUAUGGACCAAGUGGAGAAGGAGUUGCUAGAGUUUUCUUCCGUAUCGAUAGCACAGGACAAGUGUUUGUCAACUAUCCUCUUAAAGAAACAUCUGUCCAGACAUUUAAUCUGACGGCAGCAGUGUACGACUCGAGCAACCCCCAGAAAGUUGGCUACUGUACUGUUCAAAUCUUGGUGGUGAAAAACCCCAGCACCCCAACAUUCAACACCACCAGCAUUACCCGGUCAGUCUAUGAGUAUGAACCAUCCGGCUACGUCAUAGCUGACCUGGAUGCAGUAGAUGCAGAUGGAGACACUGUCCGAUAUUACAUCUCUGGUGAUGCUGAGUCUGUGAGUUUCUUUGAUGUGGAUGAUCUAACUGGAGUAUUGACUGUGAAACGUCCUCUGUCUGAGACGGCACGCAACCAGUUUUUCAGUGUCUUGGCCUCGGAUCGCCGCAGUCCAGAACGUGUGGGUACAAUUAGUGCCACAAUGAAUACCAUCAGAGACAAGAUGCCAAGGAUUGUCAAUAGUUCAUUGACUGUGGUCCUGGGUGAGACUGACAUAAGUGGAAAGCUUGUUGGUUAUGUGACAGCUGUCGAUGAUGACCUUAGGGGCCAAAUUCGAUAUAGUGGAAACGGCAGAAAUGGCAGUGACGCUUUUUUCAGCGUUGACACAGUCACUGGUGGUAUCACUCUCAUUAGAGACAUCAACACAGACGUUAACACUUACUAUGAGUAUGAAGUCUACGCCUAUGACACAGCACUGCCCCAGAUUCACAGUCUGCCAGUAAUAAUCCGGUUUACUGUUACACGCAACCCAAGUGGUCCAGUCUUCCAGAAUGUUCCUUAUCGGUUUACAAUUGAUGUGGCAAGCAAUGGUGAAAGACUGGGAACACGUAUUGGAUGUGUCAAGGCCACAGAUUUAGAUGGGGAUAUUCCAACAUACAGAAUCUCCAGCAAUGACAAUGCAGGCAACUACAUCUUCCUGGAUGGUUCCUCUGGCUGCAUGUAUUUGGUUAACUCUCUCACAGGUCUCCCACCAUCACAGACUCAGUUCCAG